CAAAAUUUAACAGUCAGCUCAUAUUUUAACACCCACUUAAACCAAAUAUUAGUAGAAUCAAGUAGCAUAAGAUGGACAUUAGAUUGAGUUUCUUGAUCAUUUCACUUGCAUCCUUAUCGUUCUCCCAUGGGACCGACGUGACUUUUUUGGAAUCUUCUUCUUCAUCCUCAACCUCUGAUAGCUUGGCGGCUUUCACGGUAUCUGUUACUGACUCUGACGCCAAUGGGGACACUUCAGUAGAUGAGUCCACCGGCGCUAACCACGCCAAUGGCACUCAUAACAGUACAAGUAGCCACGAGCCUACUCGUCACAAUUCCACGUUCGUGGACGGGAAAGACACCGGAAGAAAGGUGUCCGCGUACUAUCCCUCAUACAAUGCCGAAUUUGGACCGCUCUCAGAAGUAAACUAUGAGCUUUACGAUGAGCUCAUUUUUUUUACCGCCACUACCAACAGUAACUUCACCAUUGGGCUUGGCGGUAUAGAGGAAACUCAGUGGGAUGCCUUAGCGAAUGAUUUUGUACACAGAUGUAAAAAUGCCUCUGUAACACCUACCUUGGCUAUCGGAGGUUGGACUGGUAGCUUGUACUUCUCAGACCUAGUGGCGACGGCAGAAAAUAGGACGACGUUUGCGAAUUCACUAGUUGAAUUUGCUAAGAAGUACGAGUUCGAUGGGGUUGAUCUUGAUUGGGAAUGGCCAUCUCUGCAAGGCAUAGGAUGCAAUGCUGUCAGAGAUGAUGAUAUAGAAAACCUUGGACUCUUCCUUGAAGAAUUGAGGAAAAUAUGGCCACAAAUGCGCCUGACUCUUGCUUCCAGUGUCGCUGGCGUGCGUGAUUCGACAUUUGCAGCUGUUUCAGCGGAGCGUGUGGCCUCUCUGGUGAAGAACUUGGAUAAUCUACACAUGAUGGCCUACGAUGUGUUUGGUGGUUGGUCAAGCACCACUGGCCCACUGGCUCCUUUGAGUGAUCAAUGUGCAGAAAGUGCAGAUCAGCUUUCGGUCCAAAGAGCUUAUGAAACAUAUAUCAGGCAGGGAUUUAGUAAAGAACAAUUAGUUGUCGGAAUCCCAACUUACGCUAGAAGCUUUGGCCUUGAAAGCCCUACACUCGUUCCCAAGACCGUUGGGAACUAUACCACUUACUAUUAUCAAAACUUUACUUCCGUUCAAACAGGUGGGGCUGCCGAUGACAAACCAGGUGUUGACGUUUGUGGUCAAGCCACAGGUUGGGGAGGUACUUGGAUGGUGAAAGAGCUCAUUGAGAACGGUUUCUUGAGUGAAUCGGAAAAAGAAGGCCUCAAUGGCUUUACUCUUUAUCAAGAUGAAUGCAGUGGUGUGCCCUUCCUGGCAAGCAAUACCACUUUGAUAUCCUUUGAUGAUACUCAAAGCAGUGUGAAGAAGGCGAAAUGGGCCAGGGAAUCUGGGUUGGGUGGCAUCUACUUCUUUGAUGCCAUUGCUGGUUUAGAUAGAACUGUCAAGCAUUCCAGAGAGGAGUUCCUCAAGAACUAGGCGGAGUUCUUCUCUGACUUUUUUUUAUUCUAUCAUACCUCUCAAUCAGAUGGCCCAAUCAUAGUUCAUCAUGUAAAUUAGAAUUCUGAAUGAGAUAGAUUUUUUCUAUUGAUUUCAAGCAAUUGGGUCUUGUCUUCUUACAUACUUCUUCUUCCUGUGCAUCAUAUCUUCACAAAGGCUUUUUCACAUCC